UACACGCGUCCACACAAUCAGAAUUAUAUUUUUAAUGCGCCAUGAUUUCAGACAUACUCGACAUUGUAUCGCAGAUAAAGGUCGACUCUGGAGCUGAUGUGAGCGGACAAUCCGGCACCCAGCCCAGGACAGAACUGACAACCGGCGUGCAGCCCAUCGACGACGUACUUGCGCAGCAGAGGGAUUCGGUGGAACAAGCGGGUCGGGCGCCGAUAUUCGAGCUGAUCGGCCUGCCAGGGAGCGGCAAAACGCAGCUCGUCUACCGCAUCAGCGCAACGCUGGCCAUGCCCUUGGUGGGCGGUGGGCAUGAAACCCACGUGGCGAUCAUUGACAUGGCAGGAAAGUUUGACGUUAGGCAGCAGAAGCAGCAUAUUGAGCAGCGGCUUGGGAAGGGGAUUGCCCGGGAGUCAGUGGAGCGCAUGGUGGAUGGGGCGCUAUCGCGCAUACAUGUGUUUUCGCCACUGUCGACAGCAUCGGCAAUCGCAACGCUUGGCGUGCUGGGCAAACAGAAGCGGUUCGGCGGGCUACUGAUCGACGGUCUGGGCAGCAACCACCGGAUCGACCACAGUGAGGGCGCACCUAUCAGGCUUGCCAGCCGCAAGGCUACGGGGCAGUUCCGGAUGCAGCAGGUGCUGGUUGAUACGCUGGUGCAGGUGCAGCAGCAAAUGGAGUGCGUGGUGGUCGUGACCAAUGUGGUUAUUAUGCGGGCCAGGAGCACUGCCGAGGAUAGCGGUCACCGCAUUGUUGAGAUUGGCAAGACACUGUACCGAGACCAUAUGAUCCCGCGCUGGCGCUGUGUGCUGGCGAGGUCGUUUGUGGUGGAGGCAGCACGCAGUGGCAGUGAGACCGAGAUCAGCGUCGGGCAGACUAGGGUGAUGCGUGCUGGGCAGUAGACAAGCGCCAGCUGAUUCAUGGUUUUUCUAGGGAGGCAGCAGUAUAAUGCACAGCGAACCAGAGGACGGGGGGAGGGACAGGCUGAGUGUUGGGCAGCAGUUGCAAUGCUUUUUAUGCAGCUGAACGUGAGGAACUGGUCCCCGCUGGCGAAGAAACAAAAAUCGUGUGUACUGCAGUUCCUUCUUCGGGCAGAUUGAGUGGUGGCGAUUGGCUGUGUGAAGAAAUGAGAGAAUAG